AUGGAACAAGUAUUGAGUUGUAAUGAUCGGAAUGAUAGUACACAAGUGAAUUCGUGCUUGGUGUCGUACGUUGCUAAAUGUGCGGAGUCUUACAACAAUAGGAUAGAUUCGGAACAGGAUAUUUACAGAUUGGCGUUAAUUUUGACGCAUUCGAAGCUCUUUGAGGAAAAUCGGGAAUUUUGUGUGAGUAAAUUAUUGUCGCUUUUGAGUGUAGAUCUUUUGGAAUCGACUUUGAAAUUUAUCAUUAGCUACAUUAUGUUGUGUGCUGUUAAGAUAGAUUCGAGUCUGUUGGAACUGCUACUGAAUUUCCAAGGCUUUACGGUGGUUUACAAUAAUCUAUACAAUCAAUUUGCGUACUUAAGCCGAUACGGUGACGACGCUUUGGAAGAUCAACAAAAAUCUGAAAUUGACGUGGAAAUUAUCGAGGGGAUGAAGAAAACCGCGACUAUCUUGAUCGAUAUAUUAUUUCAGGAACUCAAGUUCUCCAAGUGCGAAAUAUCGAACAUACAAAUAGUGGACGAUUUUUUCGUUUACUACUUGAUGAGCACCUUACGGUCGGACACAACAACGGACAUUUUCAAUAAUGCCAAAUUUAAGCUAUUGUUGGCACUCAGUGAGCAAUACAUGAUAUCGUCCUACAAGUACGAGAUCGAAAACAAGGUAGCCAAGUAUUUGAUGAACCACGCAGUUUCUCAAAAUUUUAUUGGGCUUCUCUUACUGAAAUUCAAUCGCAUUACUGACCGAGCGCUCCAAAUAAUGAUGUGCAAAGUCGUAUACUUGAUACUGACUAGCAAAGACGACUUGGCCAAAGAUUUCUUUUACGUUAAUGACCUCCAUGUUUUCGUUGAUGUCUUGAUUAGAGAGCUGAUGAACAUUUCUGAGGACGAAGAACUGACAAGGAACACUUUUUUGCGAGUGUUACUACCUUUACUGAGAAAUACGGUUUUGGCUACUACUCAUUAUAGGAAAGCCGAUCUAGUUCAGACCUUGGAGUACCUGUCAUUGCCCGACAAUUUUUGCUCAAGUUCGGAAAUAAAAAAUGAACACAAGACAACGGCUCGCUUAGCAGCAAAAUGUUUUGAUUCUGUCAGCUGGCUCAAUAAUUCUGCCGAAGAUUCAGCUGUUUACGAAGGGGAUAAUAGUCGAGAUUCAAGUGUGAGUGAGGGAUCAUUCCUACAACAAUCUUUAACUGAACGUAAUGCUAACCGACUAUACAAAAGUCAAAAUAGUUCGCAUUCAGCAGAAUCCAUAAGUAAAAGAUAUCAGCCACCGCCGCUACCUCCCGCAAGAAAAGUCCCUUCAAGGCUUGGAAGCGGACAAAAGAUAGCUCAAUUCAGACCUUAA